UACAUCACGACGAAUCCCUCAACCAGGUUGCAUUGCUUCAUGUCCAGAGGAAUCUGUUUCGGAAGAUAAUCGAGACGGAUUAUUCUCUAGUUUUGACGUCUAUUUAUAUUUGCUAAAAAGCCACGACAGAAAAAGGUAUGACAAAACAACGAAUUAAACUGUGCGUCGGCGGGUUUUCCUUUACGACAUCUACUGAAGUUCUGUCAAGAUUCCCUGAAACCAAACUGGGUAAAAUAAGUCAGUCGAGUCCGUACUAUGACCGGACUUGUGAUGUGUAUUCUUUCGACAGAGACCCUAACGUGUUCAGCUGUAUUCUGAAUAUGUAUAGGACAUCUGAACUUCAUCUUCCGUCCAACAUCUGCGGCAAUGCCAUACGACGGGAACUGGAGUUUUGGGAGAUUCCUGAGACUCAGAUCUCCGAGUGCUGUUGGAUCAUCAUGUUCCAAGUGGACCAGGGCGAGGAGAUCAGUCAGGAUUUGGCUGCUAACUUUGAAAAGUCUACCAACGUGGAAACAGAGUCACCUUGUGGCAGAUUCAGGGAUAGUCUUUGGAAAUGCCUCGACCAACCAAAUUAUUCAAGGAUUGCAAAGAUCUGGAACACUGUUUUUAUGGUCCUCGUGGCUGUGUCUGCUAUCAACUAUUGUCUGGAAACAAUGCUUGAAUUCCGUGUGCCAAUCUCGGGUGCAGAAAUCAACAGCUCAGUUCGAAAGAACCUAAGUGGUAAUAAUUUGAAGAUUGAACUGUUGAUGUUUACGAAGGUGUACCCUGCCCUGAGCGCCAUUGAUCUUGUUUGCCUCUGUAUCUUUACCGUGGAGUUCAUCCUUCACUUCCUGUCAUGCGCAUGGAAACGGAAGUUCAUGAAGAGGUUCCUCACCUGGGUCGACAUCGUCACGAUUUCCGGUGGAUGGAGUGUGUAUCUCACCGAGAUGGGAUUCAGAUAUGGAUUCGUUGCCAAAAACUACGACAUGUUCAUUUUACCAGCUAACCUCAUCCAUGCGAAGGAGUCAGGAAGGCUGCUCUUCUCUUCGACACAAUACACAUAA